UCUCCAUCUGCUUUUUUCGUUUCUGGCAUGAUAUAUUAAGAUUAACCAUUUCAGUUCUUCUCUUUUUCUUUAGCGGUUUCAUUAGUGUUUUUUAUAGCCCCUAGUAUUUUGUUAUGACCGAUAUUCUUCCUGCUUCUCCUUCGCCUUCCGUCGCUGGUCGACGCUAUCGUUUCGCUACUGAAGUGGUCACUGUCGACAACAAUGACGACCCUCACAAUGCUGCAUCGGUUCCUAUUUACCAAUCAGCUACCUUCAAACAAAAGAGUGCCACAGCUGGUGGCGAGUAUGACUAUUCACGCAGUGGUAACCCAACACGUACCCAUCUUGAAAACCAUCUCGCAAAAAUCAUGGGGGCCAAAAGAGCUUUGGCGGUGACGAGCGGUAUGAGUGCAUUGGAUGUCAUCACUCGUCUCGUACAUGCGGGCGAAGAAAUCAUUGCUGGUGAUGAUCUGUAUGGUGGUACCAACAGAUUGUUGACUUUCCUCGCAAAAUCACAAAACAUCAAGACCCAUCACAUUGACACCACCAAAGCCGAAGCUAUCUUGCCUUAUUUGGAUCCCGUCAAAACGAAACUGGUUUUGCUGGAGACGCCUACCAACCCAUUGAUCAAAAUUGCCGAUAUUCCCACGAUCGCCAAUUACGUUCAUGAAAAGUGUCCCAACGCUUUGGUGGUGGUGGACAAUACCAUGAUGAGCCCUUACCUUCAACGUCCACUCGAACUCGGCGCCGAUAUUUCCUAUCAUUCCGGAACAAAGUAUCUCUCGGGUCAUCACGAUUUGAUGGCCGGUGUCAUUGGUACGCGUGAUGAAGCUAUUGCCGAGCAACUCUACUAUGUGAUCAAUGCUACGGGAUGUGGUUUGGGUCCUUUUGAUUCUUGGUUACUGCUUCGUGGUGUCAAAACUUUGGCGGUUCGCAUGGAUAAACAGCAGGCAUCGGCUAUUCGUAUCGCCGACUACUUGGAAGAACAAGGCUUCAAAGUCCAUUAUCCCGGAUCCAAGAAACAUCCCCAGUACGAACUUCACAAGAAAAUUGCAUCAGGUCCAGGAGCCGUGCUCAGCUUUGAGACAGGGGAUAUCGGAAUUUCAGAGCGUAUUGUGGAAGCUGCCAAAUUGUGGAGUAUCUCUGUAUCAUUCGGUUGUGUCAAUUCAUUGAUCAGUAUGCCUUGCAGAAUGUCACAUGCAUCCAUUCCUGCUCACAUCCGUGCGGAACGUGCUUUACCUGAAGAUCUGAUCCGACUUUGCAUCGGCAUCGAAGAUGUUGAGGAUCUUUUGGAAGAUUUGGAAGCUUCUUUGGUCGCUGCGGGCGCGCUUCCAUCGAAACAGUAAACCCUCUUUAUUCCCCACCUCCUUCACUGCUAUUUUUUUUUUUGUUUUGUUUGUGUUCAUUUGACUUUAUUUUUAUUUCUAUUUCAACUCUUCCACUUCACACACUUGACACCACUUCCGUUUUGUAAAUGCUUUCUCAAGAGAUAUUAAAAAAGAACCAAUACC